AUGAAAGAUUAUACUAUUACAGUCGUAGGAUGUGGUGUUAUGGGAACAGCUGUUACAGCAGCUAUACUCAAGGCAUCAUUUGAGCCUUAUCCUGCCAAAAUCAUUUGCUGUACCAAUUCUGAAGCCUCAUCGGUGAAGCUUCAAGCCAAACUUGAUAACCCAAUUAUAGAAACAUCAUAUGGUGUAGAAUCCAACAACAAAGCCGUGGCCAAUGCCGAUGUCAUUAUCUUAGGAUGCAAGCCAUUUUUAUGUGAACAAAUUUAUGAACAAAUCAAGGGAUCCUUAACUGGUGAACAAUUGAUUAUUUCCUUGUUAGCUGGAUGGACCAUUGAGCAGUUGUCGAUUUUUUCUCCGCAUGUAGCUAGAGUGAUGACAAACACACCAGCGCAGUUUGGAUGCGGUAUGGCAGCAGUGUCAUUCUCACCAAGCGCAGAGGCUCAGUACGAAGAAUUGGUCAUGAAGUUGACCGAUCCAGUUGGGUUGGCCAUCAAAUUGCCAGAGAAAAACAUGGAUGCUGCUACAUCAUUGAUUGGAUCGGGCCCUGCCUUUUGCUUGAUGUUCAUGGAAGCAUUGAUCGACGGUGGGGUCAGAAUGGGAAUCCCAUUCGCAGCUGCUAAGGAAGCCGCAGCCAAGGUGAUGGAAGGAACUGCCAAAAUGGUAUUGGAGACCGGAGAACACCCUGCUGUGUUAAGAAGCAAGGUCUGCACACCGGGAGGAACCACUAUCGGAGGGUUAAUGAAGAUGGAAGAUGCCGGCAUCAGAAGUGGAAUUGCCAGAGGUGUCGAAGAAGCCGCUAACAUUGCAACCUCAUUAGGUAAGAAGAAGUAA